AUGUCCAACAAAAAUACAAAAAUGUCACUUUCCAAAGCAACAAAUGUUGCGGAAGAAAUCAACAAUAUCGAUACAACAGAAAAGAAAGCUAAUGACAAAAUAUCUUCGAAAAAGAAAAAUGUCCCUAAUUUUAAAAUAUUAAAUUUGAUAAAAGAACAGCAACAAGCUCAAAGAGAUGCUGAAUUAAAAGCAGAUGAAGAAGCAAAAGAAAAUCAACGCUUACAAGAAGAAUAUGAACGUAAAAAACAAGAAGAAUUACUUUUACUCGAAAAAAAACGUGAAAAAAAGAGAGAAGCAAAGAAAAAACGUAUUCAACGACAAAAACAAGAAGGUUUAUAUUUAACGAAAGAACAACGAGAAAAACAUCAUCGUGCACAAAUUCAAUUUGAAUCACUCGGUAUUCAUGUUCCACCACGCACUAAUGUUCAACAAUCAGGUAUUCAAAAAAGAAUACUCUACAAUGAUUUUCAAAAAACAAAUUCAACAUGUAUAACUACACCAUCAACUGAAGAUGAAAAUUCGGAAGAAGAAAAUAUCUGUAAUGAAGAUUUAGUUCAAACUAAAGAUACACUUCGAGCACCAGUCAUAUGUGUUUUGGGUCAUGUUGAUGCUGGUAAAACAACAAUAUUAGAUAAUUUACGUCGAACACAUGUUCAAGAUAAUGAAGCUGGAGGAAUAACUCAACAAAUGGGUGCAACAAAUGUUCCAUUAGAUACUAUUGUUGAACGUACGAAAAUGUCUCGAAAACUAAUAUCACGACAAGGUGAUUUUAUGAUACCAGGUCUUUUGAUUAUUGAUACUCCUGGCCAUGCAAUAUUUCAAAAUUUACGAUCACGUGGUUCAUCUCUUUGUGAUUUGGCUAUUCUGGUUGUUGAUAUCAUGAAUGGAUUACAAGCACAAACAAUUGAAUCAAUUCGUUUAUUAAUUGAUAGACAAACACCAUUUAUUAUUGCUUUAAAUAAGAUUGAUUUAUUAUAUGGGUGGAAAAGUAAUAAAGAAAAAGAUGUUGAAUCUGUACUUGAAGAACAAGAUUCAUUUACGCAAGAUCAUUUUGAAAAACGUUAUGAUGAGAUUAUUGUUCAAUUUGCUAAACAAGGCCUUAAUGUUGCACUUUAUUAUAAAAAUCCUAAUCCAAAUGAAUAUUAUUCUAUGGUACCAACAUCAGCACGUUCUGGUGAUGGAAUGGGUUCAUUAAUUGCUAUGAUUAUUGAAACAUCUCAAACAAAUUUAGCAAAACAUCUAUCAUACACUAAUGAAUUACAAGCAACUGUUAUGGAGGUAAAAGCAAUUCAUGGUCUUGGAACAACAAUCGAUGUUGCUCUUAUUAAUGGAUGUUUAUCUGUUGGUGAUAAAAUUAUUGUUGGUGGUCAAGAAGGUCCUAUUGUUACACAAAUACGACGACUACUUAUUCCUGAAUCAAAUCAGGAACUUCGUGAUACAAAUCAAUAUGAAAAUAAAGAUAAAGUUAUGGGUACAUGUGUUGUUAAAAUUGCUGCUAAAGAUUUAGAAAAAUCAUUAGCUGGUUUACCAUUAUUUAUUGCACGAACACAUGAUGAAAUUGAUUAUUUUAAAAAUGAAAUUGAAUUAAUAUUAACAACAGUACUUAAUUCUUUCAAAUUAAAAGAAAGCGGAGUUUAUAUUCAAGCAUCAACAUUAGGUUCAUUAGAAGCUUUUCUUGAACUUUUAAAAAUACAAAAGAUUCCAUGUUCAGGUGUUAAUAUUGGACCUGUCCAUCGAAAGGAUGUACUUCGUGCAUCAACUCAACUUGAAAAUGAUAUAAAAUGGGCUACUAUCUUGGCAUUUGAUGUUAAAAUUGAAAGAGAUGCACAAGAUUAUGCUAAGACAAUGGGUGUAAAAAUCUUUCAAAAUGAUGAAAUCUAUAAUUUAUGUUCAAUGUUUGUUGCAUAUCAAAAUCAAUUAAUAAAGGAAAAUCAAGACAAAUAUCGUCAUCUUGCAGUAUUUCCAUGCAAAUUAAAAAUUCUACCACAAAAUAUAUUUAAUUCACGUGAUCCAAUUAUUUGUGGUGUUCGUAUUGAAGAUGGUUUCAUCAAAAUAGGUACACCGAUAUGUGUUCCAUCCAAAGAUGGUAUUGAUCUUGGACGAAUUGCAAGUAUAGAAAUGAAUCACAAAUCAUUGGAUAUAGCACGAAAAGGUUCAGAAGUAUGUAUUAAAAUUGUAUCAACAACAAAUGACACAGCAAAAAUGUACGGUCGACAUUUCGAUAAAGAUGAUAUUUUAAUGAGCAAGAUAUCUCGAGAAUCAAUUGAUAUCAUCAAGGCUUAUUUUCGUGAUGAACUGCAAGAAUCAGAUUGGAGAUUAAUAAUUGAACUAAAGAAAAUAUUUAAUAUUGUUUAA